AUGACACUAUUUUAUCGAAUUAUAUUUCGACGGAGUUUUCACCGACUGGCACAAUGUUGUCCUUCGAUUGACGUCCGUCAAUCUCUUACAACGUUAUGUUUAUUUCUUCUUCUUUCAUUUACCACUACAAUUAUUGUUAAUAUUUUAAUCCCACAUUUAUUAAUUAAAGUUUCAUCGCCACCAUUUUCAUCGAUAUCAUCAUCAUCAUCGUCGCUCAGUUUACUCACUUCCCGUCAUGUUUUUUUCCCAGCGGGCGUUACAUCUGUGCAAUGUUCAUCAGCGAAGAAGAAUGAAUUGCAAGCACAGCAUCGUCAACGCGAACCUUCAAAUACAGAACGCAAGUAUACCAAAGACCAGAUUAAAGAAAAGAACGUGUCUAGUGAUCUUCGACAAGAAGCAGAAACUGCACUUCAUCUCGCGCUUCGUUUAAUCGUUGAAAACAAGUUUGAAAAGGCACGCAAAGUUUUCGAACAUGCUCUAACACUCGAUCCUUAUAAUUCCGAAAUUCUCGUCGAAUAUGGUCAAUUUCUCGAAUAUCAUCAUAAAGAUUUGAUACAUGCUGAUAGUUUAUACACGCGCGCACUUUUCAAUCAACCAACCAAUCCUCGUGCUUUAGAACUGAAAAAACGCACAUUACCAUUAGUUGAAGAAAUCGAUCAGAAACAUUUUACGUUCAUUGAUAAUCUUCUUCAAGAACUCUAUCGAAUUCCGGACACAAAUCCUUAUUUACGACGUGCUAAACGUGAUGCUUAUUAUUUACACAUUUAUCAUUCGAAUGCCAUCGAAGGAAAUACGUUGAAUCUGCGUGAAACGCGGCAUAUUGUUGAAACACGCAUGGCCAUUGGUGGAAAAUCUCUAAUUGAGCAGCAAGAAGUUCUUGGACUCGACUUAGCUUUGCAAUACGUUAAUUGUACAUUAGUGAAUCGUCUCGGUUCGAUCAAACGCGAAGAUAUCUUCGAAAUUCACCGACGAGUUUUAGGUUUUGUCGAUCCCGUUCAAGCCGGUCAGUUACGUGAACAUCAAGUUUAUGUUGGAUCAUUUGUUCCUCCGGCUGCCAGUGAAGUCGACGGAUAUCUGGAAGAUUUCCUAGUUUGGUUAAAUUCAUUAGAAGAUACGAGAGAUCUUCAUGCAAUUGAAUUAGCUGCUAUCGCACAUUACAAAUUUGUUUAUAUUCAUCCGUUUAUUGAUGGAAAUGGCCGAACAGGUCGUUUGUUAAUGAAUUUGAUUUUAAUGAGAUCCGGUUUUCCACCUGUGAUUAUUAAGAAAACAGAACGUUUAACCUAUUACGCUUGUCUUGAUCAAGCAAAUGAUGGCGAUUUACGGCCACUGAUACGUUUUAUAGCUCGCUGUACCGAACGCACAUUAACAGAAUUUAUUCAACAAUCUCAACCGACGAAAACCACUGGACAAGAAUUGAGUUUAACCGAUAACGACGACGAUACUGAUGAAAACAGUUUCAUUGACGAACGUGUUAUCACUAUUGAUCGAAAUCUGAAAGAAGAACAGUGA